CGCCAACCACAAACGUCAACAAAGGGACGACGAUAAACAAAGGACGGAUAAAAAUCUUCGACUCGAAAAAUGUCAAAAAUGUCAUAAAUGUCAUAGAUUCUCGCCACAAAUAACGUCUUCGCGAGGUUACGAAGCGACGAAGAAGACAUGAAGGAUGGCGUCAACACGGAAACCUGUUGGAAUAAAUUUCGACAAAAUGCUACUGAGCUUAAAAGAUGACAUACACGGCAUGGUCGAGGAUUAUGAGGAGACGAACCUGCCCAUCAGCGACGACAGCGAGCGGUUGAGGACGUUCUGCGAGAGACUGGAGUUUUUGCUCAAGUUUGGGCUUAAAGAACGCAGCCUGGUCCUGGGGGGGCGCAAGGACCUGUGGCCGUACCUGUGCCGCUGCCUGGAGGGUCGGCGGAACAUCCAAGAGGGAAUAGCGCUCGUCAAGGCCAACAAAGAGCUCAAGACCAACACGGGCCGCCACAGGUACUUUCUCCGCUAUUGUCUGUUGCAACGUUGCCUGGCGGACGUCCUGCAACAGUGCAUCGCGGACGGGGUCACGACCUUGCAGUUCUACGACGCCGGGUCACUGCUGCUGCGACCGCACUUUGCGAACGACCUGGUGACCUGCCUCUAUGCCCUCUCUGACCUGACCUUUGACCUGGCUUCCUCGGGGGGGCACCACGACCUGGACGUCUGCUGGCCGGCUUAUGCCAGAGUGGGCGGGGCUUCCCCCUGGUCCCGCCCUCCCAGCCGGACUUGGUCGAUGUCCUCCCUCUGUUCCUCGUCGUCGAUGGCGGGUUCGUUGGCGCCCGUAGGAGACGUGACGUCACCCGAUUCUUCCGUGACGUCACCGUCCUCGCCCGUAAAAUCGCCCGACUCUUCCGUGACGUCACCGUCCUCGCCCGUGACGUCAUCGUUGUCAUUCGCAAACGAUGACGUCGCGGUCUCCGGCGUCGGCGCUGGGAAGGGCGACAUUGUUACGUUAUUGAGGGAGAAAUUGGCCCUUAUGGAGAGCGACAACCUGUACCUGAGGCAAAGGCUGCUGGGGGCUGAAUCUCCCUUAAGGCGGAGGGAAGGAGACGGAAGAGGAGAAAGGGAAGACGAACCGAUAAAGGAAGGAGGAGAGAGAGAGGAAGAGAGAGAAAAAGAGAGAGAGGAAGAGAGAAAGGAAAAGAGAGAAAAAGAGAGAGAGGAAGAGAGAGAGGAAGGAUGUCAGCAAUGUAAAAUACUGUUGUCCGAAAGGGAAAUGUUGGCAGACCAGGUCGCGCAGUUGGAAACGCAGUUGGAAAAGCUGGCGAGAGAUGGAAGAGGGAAGAGUGAAGGUAGAGAGGAGGAGAAGAAGGAGGAGGAAGAGAAAGAAGGGGAGAAGAGAGAAGAGCGGAAGGAAAGGAGAGAAGGAAGAGAGGAGGAGAAGAAGAAGAAGGAAGAGAAUGAAGGGGAGAAGAGAGAAGAGCGGAAGGAAAGGAGAGAAGGAAGAGAGGAGGAGAAGAAGGAGGAAAAGAAAGAAGGGGAGAAGAGAGGAGAGUCGAAGAAAGGGAAAGAGGAAGUGAAAGAAGAGAAAGAGAAUGAAAAUCAAGAAGAAGAGAAGGAGAAGAAGUGGACGCAGGUCACAAGAGCGGAAGAGAGGGAGGUCACAAGAGCGGAGGAAGGGAAACAGAAGCAGGCGAAUCUCGGGUCAAGUGACUCGAGCGACUCAGGUCAUUCGCUUGAACUCAAAAUCGUCGAGGCGGAGGGGAGACUCAAGAAAAACGAGGCGCUGCUGACUCGGAGAGAGAUGGAGCACUCGACUCUGAGGGAAGAGUUUGAGUCGCUUCGAGAGAAAUACGAGGAGAGGGAGAGAGCGUUGAGGAUUGCGGAGGAGAGGGUGGGGCAGUUGGAAAAUAGUGAGAAAACGUCACAAAAUAAACUGCAUUUGGCAACUGAACUGGCAGAUAGACUCAAAAACGCACAUGAGGAAUUGAACGCAGAACAUAGCCGCUUGAAGAAUGAGGUAAUGAGCAUAGAAGAAGAAAUGAAGGAAUUGAGAAGAGAACUGGAGAGGAAUAAGGCAGAGAGAGAAGAAGAACAGGAGGCAAUGCGACAGAAAGCCAACGCUCUCGAAGAAGCCGCGUCUCGCAUCUCGAGCCUCGAGGACGACCGGAGGAGGCUGGAGGAGGAGCUUGAGAUGAAGAAAAAGGAAGACGAGGAGAGGAGAGAGAGGGAGGAGAGGGAGGAGAGGGAGAGGGAGAGGAGAGAAGAAGAGGAGAGGGAGAGAGGCAGGAUGGAGGAGGAGGAGAGAAAACGGAAGGAACGAACAGAAAACGAGAAAGCGGAUCUGCUGGAAGAAAAUGGGAGUCUGAGAGAGAGAAUUAUACAGUUACUAAGGGAGAAGGACAGCCUGUGGCACUCGAACCAGCGCCUGGAGGAGGUGGCGACGUGGCAGAGGAGGACGUCCAUGGCAGGGGGGGCAGGGGGGAGGGGGAGGAAGGCCGAGUGGCAGAGGGACGCGACGGCCAGCGAGUGCGCGACGUGCGGGGCCGCCUUCACCCUGAUCAGGAGGAGGCACCACUGCCGGCACUGCGGGAGGAUCUUCUGCUCGGGAUGCGUCGACAACUGGAUCCUGACGGAGGCCGAGAGCCGGCGCGUGCGUGUGUGCGACGAGUGUUUCUCUGUCCAGGCCGAGCUGGCUUCCAUCGUGGAUUCGCUUCCCUCGCAGUGGACGAGCAGGACGGAGGGAGAGGCAGAUGAUACAGACAAGAACAAGACAAAGAAUAAAGAUGAAGAAGAAGGAGAAGGAGAAGAAGGAAGAGGAGGAGGAGGAGGAGAAGGAGAAGGAGGAGGAGAAAGAAGAGAAGGAGAAAGAGGAGAAAGAAGAGGAGGAGGAGGAGGAGGAGAAGGAGGAGGAGGAGGAGAAAGAAGAGAAGGAGAAAGAGGAGAAAGAAGAGGAGGAGGAGGAGGAGGAGAAGAAGAGGAGAGCGACGAGGAUUUUGCCUUCAUAUCGGAGGAGGAAGUCCAGAGCUCGCGCAGGCUCGGCUCGAGUCCAGGCAGCAGCGGCAGCAGCGACAGCGACUCUCCGCAGUACGGAUCCGAGCCGAUCUGUACCUCAAGUGCCUUGCUCUCGGCGGAGGGGCUGAGGGAGAGGCCUCUGGCGGACUCUGAGGUUUGGGUGAAAGCAGGCUACAGGUAUCUUAUUCCGGUGAAGCUUCCGUCCGGCGUCAUCCUUCAGUGGUGCUUCACAUCCGAGCCUAAGAAUGUGUCUUUCGCCGUCCUGCACCAGCCUGAGGAGAGAGAGGAGAGAGAGAGCGCGCAAGAGGACGGGGGGAGUUCCCUUGAGACUUUCCCCUCCUCCUCCACCACCACCCCCCCCUUCCCUACUGCUGCUGCCACCUCCUCCUCGACCCUCUCCCCCCCCCGCGUCCUCAUCCCCACUACCCGUGUGGCCUCAGCACAGGGAUCUGCUAUCAAGGGGAGACUCAGCGCCAAGCAGCCGGGAAUCUACACGUUCCUCUUCGAUAAUUCGUUCGCCAGGUACACGGCAAAGAAAGUCAUGUUUUCACUUGCAAUUGAAGUGAAGGAGGAAGCAGAGGGCAAUGAAGAGGAAAUUCUGGAUGAGUAAAGAGAGAAAAGAGAGAAGACAAGAGAAAGAAGAGAGAAGGGAGAAGAGAGAGAAAGACAAGAAAGAAGAGAGGAGAGAGAGAAGAGAGAAUGAGAAGAGGGAAGAGAGAAUGAGAAGAGGGAAGAGAGAAUGAGAGAGAGAGAGAGAAUGAAAGAAAAGAGAAGAGAGAGAAGAGAGAAGAGACAAGAAAGAAGAGAGGAGAGAGAAGAGAGAAAAGAAAGAAGAGAGAGAGAAGAGAGAAAGAAGAGAGAAGAGAGAAAAGAAAGAAGAGAGAGAGAAGAGAGAAGAGAGAAAGAAGAGAGAAGAGAGAAAAGAAAGAAGAGAGAGAGAAGAGAGA